AUAUUAAAUCAUUUAUGUGAUAAUAUAAAAAAAAAUGUAAAGAACAUUUUGAAACACCCAAAAAAGAAAACGUAAAAAACAAAAAGAGACGGAGGGAGUACAUCGUAUAUAAAAUUAAAAUUCAAAAUUCACCUCCCCCAACUUUAUUUAUUUUUUCCUCUCACACAUUUUUUCCAAACUAAAGAAGAAAAAAAAAAGCAACCCCUAACUAAUUAUAGAACGUUACAAGUAAAAAGGAAAAAAAUGGCACUCCUCCUAUAAUCCACACAACUCACGAUUCCCAAGACAAACAAACAAACAACCACCUAUAAAUAAUCACCACACUUUCCCUUUUCCCCUCACCCAAUUACACUCCACCCCAAUCGAAUCCAAUUCCCCAUCUUCAUCUUCCCCAGAAAAGCUUCAUCUUCUCUCUCCUCCGCCCAACAAUGGCGGCAGUAGAGAGAGAAAGAGAAAGCUGCAACUCACGCCAUUUCUCUCUUCUAAUGAAAUCCUGCUGCCCGAACCCCACUAACCCUUCUCACUCCAUUAUAAUACCUUUAUCUUCUUCUAAUAAUAGUAAUAAUAAUAAAAUUUCCAGUAAAGUGAUUAUUAAAACCUCCAUUUCUUCCCUCCCUGAUGACAUCCUCUACGAGAUUCUAGCUCGAGUACCGAUUUCUUCUCUGCCAUCGAUUACCGCCGUGUGCCGUCGGUGGGGCCACCUUGUUAGCUCGCCGUCUUUUUGUGUCCUCCGUCGGCACCACCGCCUCCUCCACAGUACGAUAUUCGCGUUUUCGACGUCGACCGUUUCGACGCUUCGUCCUUUUGUCGACGUUAAUUGGAAGCUCCCCUCGGAAAACGACGCCGUUUUGGGGAGUCUGCAUUUUCAGUUUCACACGGAUUUCUCCCACGCGCGGUUAGCUGUUGUUGGAAGGAAGGUGUAUAUCAUCACCCGGUCUAGCGCGUUGGUUUUUGACCCGUGGACCGGGUUGGUGAAGACCCGGUCUGGCCCGUUGUUUCCGAGGAAACGGUUCGCUGCUGCGGCAGUUUGUGGGAGAAUCUACGUGGCAGGAGGUUCGUUGAGAGCAUCUGACGUGGAAGAGUACGACCCCCACGCGGAUGAGUGGCGCGUGGUUGCACAAGCGCCGAGGAGGAGGUACGGCUGUGUCGGUGUUGGGGUAGAUGGCGUGUUCUACAUCAUCGGAGGGCUGAUGAUUGGUGGCGCGUCGGAUACACGCGCGGCGGAGGCGCGUGUUUGUGCUAGCUCGAUGGACUUGUACGAUGUUUCGGCACGUGGGUGGUUGAGGAGCCGGGCGGUUCCGGGAGGCGGGUGUGUCGUGGCGGCUUGCGGGGCGGAGGGUUGUGUUUACGUGCUGGCGAGCCACGCGGUGGAGUUGUCGUUUUGGCGGUUCAACGGGCGGAGGAAGGGCGGCGAGGGGGGCGGUGGUGCGUUCGGAGAGUGGUGUAGGAUGAGGAGUCCGCCGCUACCGGCGCAAGUUAGGCUCGACGGGACCGUGAAGUUCAGCUGCGUCGGGGUGGAGGAUAAGGUGGUGUUGAUCCAAGUGAUGGGGUGUAUAGAUGAUUUGUUGAGGAGGAGUGGGAGGAAUGUGAGAGGAUACAAAGAAGGGAUUGUAUUGAUUUUUGAUUGUGUGAGUGAAGAGUGGAAUAGAGGGCCUGAUUUGCCUGAAUUGGUUCAAAGGGCAGCUUGUGUUUGUGUUGAUUGUUAAAUUCUUUGCAAAAUUAUGUAAUGAUUAAACUUGUGUCGGAUUAAAUUAUUAUUUUAUAAAAAUUCAAAUGCGAAUAAUGUUAUUUAAA